UAUUAUUAUAGCAUAUUUUUAUCACAAAGUAGCAAUCAAAAUAGAAUUUUUUUAUAUUUAACCAUCCAAACAAGGUGUAAUUCGCCAUUUUCCCCAAAAUCACUUCACAGAAAUUUGAAACUUCUCCGGCGUAACAAAAGUAUGUCCGGUUACCCUCACAAUCCCUCCGGCUAUGGUUACGGCCAACAACCACCACAAUCUCAACCGUACUCCUCCACUCCAUACGGCGGUUCAGCUCCAGUACCACAACAACAACAAGUCCACAGCUCACCUUACGGUGACCUAAAUAAACCUCCGAAGGACAAUACCCCACCUUAAGGAUCGAACCCUUUUUCGUCACUGAUGCCGUCGAUUUUUCCACCGGGAACGGACCCGACUGUGAUGUCUUGUUUUCAAAUGGCGGAUCAGGAUGGUAGUGGUUUUAUUGAUGAUAAGGAAUUGCAGAAGGCACUUUCUUCAUAUAAUCAAAGCUUUGGAUUGAGAACUGUUCAUCUUCUUAUGUAUCUCUUCACCAAUACCAAUAUCAGAACAAUCGACAUAUCGGGAAAAAGCUAUCUAUCAUGGGUACUCGAUGCAGAAAUUCAUCUUGAUGCGAUGGGUCUAGCAGACACCAUCCAAGAAAAUAAUCAAGCAUCGAAUCAAAACCGUGCUAAGGCGAUGAUAUUUCUCCGUCAUCACCUUGAUGAAGGUUUGAAAAUGGAACAUCUCACUGUUAAGGAUCCUCUGGUGUUGUGGAACAAUUUAAAAGAUAGAUAUGACCACCUGAAGUUGGCCGUCCUUCCACAGGCACGUUAUGACUGGAUCCAAUUGAGACUUCAAGAUUUUAAAUCUAUCAGUGAGUAUAACUCUUCCAUGUUUAAAAUUAUCUCACAAUUAAAAUUAUGUGGAGAAAAUAUCACUGACCAUGAUAUGCUGGAGAAAACGUUUUCCACUUUUCCUGCCUCGAGUAUGCUUCUGCAGCAGCAAUAUCGAGAAAUGGGAUUUAAAAAAUAUUCUGAAUUAAUUUCACAUCUCCUUGUUGCUGAACAACAUAAUGACUUACUGAUAAAAAACCAUGAAAGUCGACCUACUGGUUCUAUGCCAUUUCCUGAAGUAAAUACGACAAAUUUUCACCAAUCUAGGCAUGAAAAAGGUCGUGGCCCCAGUCGUGGCCGUGGUCGUGGCCCCAGUCGUGGCCGUGGUCGUGGUCGAGGAAGAAAUUUCAAUCAUGGUGGUCGUCUUGCACUAAAUAAUAACCUUCAACACCAGCAGUGUAAAAAGAAGAAUGAAAAACAUGAUGUAGUGCAGAAGAAAAAUUCAGACAACAAAUGUUAUCGAUGUGGAGGAAAAGGACAUUGGUCACGUACCUGUCGUACGCCAAAGCACCUGGUUGAGCUAUAUCAAGCUUCCCUGAAGGAGGUGAAAAAUAACGCUGAAGCCAACUUUAUCUCGGAAGAUACUGUUGAACCCAUGCAUCUAGAUGUAGCGGACUUCUUUGAGAAACCCGAAGGAAAGAUAGAUCACCUGAUAGGUGAUGGAUCUGUGAUAAUGUAAAUAUAUU